CUGUCCUUUCACUGGUAAUGAUACAUGCACCCUAUACAUCAGCCAUGAGGAGCAUACAACAGAAACACCUUUACUUGACCCUGGUGGCUUUACUCUGGACCUCUUCUUUGCCUGCUACAGGUUCUCAGCUGAGAUUAGCUGGGUAUGGAUCUAAUCAGUGCUCUGGAAGAGUUGAAAUCUUCUCUGGCAGUACCUGGGGAACAGUUUGUGAUGAUAAUUGGGACUUAGAAGAUGCUGAGGUGGUGUGCAGACAGCUGAACUGUGGGACAGCACUGAGUGCUCCUGGAAGUGCCCGUUUUGGUGAAGGAACUGACCCGAUCUUGCUGAAUAAUGUGGCCUGUUCAGGAAGUGAAUGGUCUCUUUCGGACUGUCAGCACAGCGGAUAUCAGAAUCAUGACUGUGAACACGAUGAGGAUGCUGGCGUGAUCUGCUUACGUGCUGAGCUCAGAUUAGCUGGGUUUGGAUCUACUCAGUGCUCUGGAAGAGUUGAAAUCUUAUCUAACGGUACCUGGGGAACAGUUUGUGAUGAUGAUUGGGACUUAGAAGAUGCUGAGGUGGUGUGCAGACAGCUGAACUGUGGGACAGCACUGAGUGCUCCUGGAAGUGCCCUUUUUGGUGAAGGAACUGACCCGAUCUUGCUGAAUAAUGUAACCUGUUCAGGAAGUGAAUGGUCUCUUUCGGACUGUCAGCAUAGCGGAUAUCAGAAUCAUGACUGUGAACACAAUCAGCAUGCUGGCGUGGUCUGCUCACGUGCUGAGCUCAGAUUAGCUGGGUCUGGAUCUACUCAGUGCUCUGGAAGAGUUGAAAUCUUAUCUAACGGUACCUGGGGAACAGUUUGUGAUGAUGAUUGGGACUUAGAAGAUGCUGAGGUGGUGUGCAGACAGCUGAACUGUGGGACAGCACUGCGUGCUCCUGGAAGUGCCAGUUUUGGUGAAGGAACUGACCCGAUCUUGCUGGAUGACGUGGCCUGUUCAGGAAGUGAAAGGUCUCUUUCGGACUGUCAGCACAGCGGAUAUCAGAAUCAUGACUGUACACACAAUGAGGAUGCUGGCGUGAUCUGCUCACGUGCUGAGCUCAGAUUAGCUGGGUCUGGAUCUACUCAGUGCUCUGGAAGAGUUGAAAUCUUAUCUGGCAGUACCUGGGGAACAGUUUGUGAUGAUGAUUGGGACUUAAGAGAUGCUGAGGUGGUGUGCAGACAGCUGAACUGUGGGACAGCAAUACAUUAUACUGGAAGUGCCCUUUUUGGUGAAGGAACUGACCCGAUCUUGCUGAGUAAUGUAGCCUGUUCAGGAAGUGAAAGGUCUCUAACUGAGUGUCUGCACAGAGGAUAUCAGAAUCACGACUGUAUAGACCAUGAGGAGGCUGGCGUGAUCUGUUCUGGGUCACCGAUGGACUACCCAGUAGCUGAAAGCUUCUCGCUGUUGCCGUUGGCGCUGGUGGUGGUGGCGGUACUGUUGCUGGUGGUGGUCUUUCUGGUCUGCAGGAGAAGACAACAAGCAGAGCAGCCAACCCUGGUCCACAACAAAUUGGCUGUCAGAGUGGGAAAGUAUAGCAACGGUGAAGCAGAGAAUGUGAAUAUGGAUCCGGUGAAAACCAAGAAGAAUCUCAAAGAGGAAACAGAAUUUGUGGAUGAGGACAAUAUUUAUGAGGAACUAGGCAGUUUUGAUAAUAACAAUUAUGAAGAAUUAGGCCUAAAUUCACGUUUUAGAAAGGUCUGUUUCAGUGUAGAUGAAACCAGACAAGAGCAAGAAGAAACCGGUGAAGAGGAAGAUAACUAUGUGAAUGUAGAACCACUUACUGAACCAACUGUUGUUAUUCAUGGAAACUAUGAGGAUGUUUAUCAGAACUUUUGAGAUGUCCUCUUGUUAGCAGUGACUCUGUGGCUCAGUGGUAGAGUUGGUCAUCCCUCAACGAGGAGGUUUGGCUUUGUGGGUGCGCGUGUGUGUGACUUUUCCCUCCUGAGCCCAGUCGCAUCCAAUCAUCUGACCAAACCUUUACGAUUUGGCACCGGAAGGCAUCAGAUAUUUUAAAGGCAUAUUUAAAGAUAGAUGCUUUGUUUCUUUUAAUCAACUAUCUGAGAAAUGCAACUUACCAAAAACAUAUUUCUUCCGAUAUUGCAGGCCCGACAAUAUAUUCGUUCAAACCUACCUUGUUUCCCUUCAGAACCUGACACCAGCCCUGUUGAUGCUUUUCUUUCUUUCCUUUAACCCACUGUCUAGAGGUGCACUGUUUAAAUUGUAUAGUAACAUCUCGAUGUUGACUUGUUCACCUCUGGACAAGAUUAGGGCAGAAUGGGAACGAGACUCAGGACAUAUAUCUGAUGAUCAGUGGGACUCUCCUCUUCUAUCAACACAAAAGUCUUCAAUCUGCGCAUGGCAUUGCCUUCUGCAAUUCAAGGUGGUACAUAGGGCCCACAUGUCUAAGGUAAAAUUAGCUCGCACCUACCCUGAUAUAACUCCCGCUUGCGAUAAAUGCAAAAAACGGUGAUGCUACUCUGAUCCACAUGUACUGGCUUUGUCCUCACCUAUCAAAAUUCUGGAAAGAUGUCUUCCAUACUCUAUCUAAAAUAUUAGAUAAAACUAUAGACCCAGGGCAUAAACUGUUCUUAUAUCUGGUUGUUUUGGCGUACAGUCAUUUGUAACACCUGCCAGAGGGGAGGAGUUUGAAAAGUUUGUGUCCAGGGUGUGAGGAGUCUGCAGUGAUGCUACCUGCCUGUUUUCUGACCCUGGACCGGUAUAAGUCCUGGAUGGGGGGCAAGUCGAUGCCAAUGAUUUUUUCUGCAGUCCUUAUAGUCCGUUGCAGUCUCUGUCUGUCCAGUUUGGUUGCAGAUCCAGAUGGCAGUCUAAAGCAUGAUCAGCAGCUCCUGGGGCAGGUUGAACAGGGCAACGGGCCUAUAGUCAUUUAGUGCUUGUUUGGCAUUGCUGGUGUAGAUGACCAACACCUGACAUCAGCGGAGCACCGGGUUGCCUUUGCUCUGCUGAUGGCUAGACGUGCAAUCUUGCUAAAGUGGAAAGAGGCUGCCUCGUCUCUGCUUGGCCAAUGGCUUUGGGAUGUAACGUCCUGUCUCCAACUGGAGAUGCUACGUUUUUCUGUCAGUGGCUCUUAGAAAAAAAUCUUUAAAACCUAGGAACCCUUCUUAACGUACUUCCAUAACACCGAAACCUUGUCAGCUUGAAUAGUAAUUUAAUUUGGCCCUUGACACAAACCUGACUCCAUGGAGGUUGUUGUGCUGCAAUUUAAAUCCUAUACUCUUUGUGCCUUAGUUAUUAUCCAGGAAACAUCU